GGGGGCGAGUUUGGCAACUACGCACCGCAUCUCAUACCGCACAUCCUCAAGGUGCUAAACCAGGACAGCGGCUCAAGAGAGGUGCUGAUGAAGCUGUUUGGUGCACUACAGAGUUUUGGCAGCAAUCUAGAGGACUACGUUUCGCUGCUGGUGCCGCCCAUCUGUGCGCAGUUUGAGACAUCAACACGGAAGGACGUUGAAGUUCGCAUUGCCGCACUGCGGACAAUUGAAGUGCUUUGCGAUGAUUUAGAGCUGAAGGAUCACAGUACGCGCAUAGUGCAUGCUAUUGUCCGGACCAUUGAUAAUAAUCCACAUGAUAAGCGGCUCGUCAACGCGGCCAUGGACACGCUGAUCAAGUAUACCUUUCAACUGGGCAUGCAUUACCGCAUCUACAUUCCCAUUGUGGACAGCGUUCUCGCGAAGCACCGCCUGAGCUUUGUGUACUACGAACAGGUGGUGCAGAAUAUCAAAUCGGGUCAGUUCACGGAGGAGCAGGACGUGAACAAUCUGACGAGUGGUGUGGCGGCGGAGAACAGCCGGCGGCGAUUCAAUGCCCGCCGAGCGCGUGAGCUCGUCCAUCAGAACCAGCAGCAGUCGCCCUCGGGGGACAUUGCAAAGAAUCGCACUGCCAAUAAUACCCUGGACGAUAUUCGCCUCGGCUGGGUCGACUAUCCGCGGCGAAUCAGCACUGAGGACUGGCUCGAGUGGCUGCGCAAGUUCAACCUGGACCUGAUCAACAACUCGCCCGCCUUUUCCCUGCGCGCCUGCUACCACAUUGCCCAGACGUGCAACACCGUGGCGAGGGACCUCUUCAAUCCCGCCUUUCUCACCCACUGGAAUGACCUAAACACCGAAAAGCAGAAGGAUUUUAUCGAGUCCUUUCAAGACGUCCUCAAGCAACAGGAGAUUCCCGAGGUGACGGGCAUCCUCCUCAACCUGGCCGAGUUUCUCGAGCACAUUGACGUGCAGAAUGGCAAUCCGCUCUUUGACGCGGAGGUGCUCGGCGAGCGGGCGCUGAAGUGUCGUGCCUAUGCGAAAGCACUGCACUACAAGGAGAAGGAGUUCAGUCUGAAGAAGGAGAGCGGCACUCCGGUGGGCCCCGACGUGCUCGGCUCGCUCAUUACCAUCAACAACAAACUGCAGCAGGCGCAGGCGGCCUACGGCGUGCUCACCUACGCCAUGCGCUCCUAUGAGGCCGGACAGCUGCAGCUGAAGGAGCGGUGGUUCGAGAAGCUGAACAACUUCGAGUCGGCCUUCUUCGCCCACCGGCUGAAGUUUGACCAGAACAACAACGACAUGGAGGCGGUGCUGGGGCAGAUGCGCUGUCUGGAGGUGCUCUCCGAGUGGGACCGCCUCUACGGGCUGGUCAACGACUACUACAGCCACGCGGAGGCGGACCGGGAGCGGAUGGCGCGCAUGGCCGUCACCGCCACCUGGAACCUCAACAAGUGGGGCGAGAUGGAGAGCUACGUGAAGCAGCUGCCGGCCGACUCGAGCGACUCGGCCUUCUUCCAGGCGGUCAUCAAGGUGAGGGAGGAGGACUACGGCCAGGCGCAGCACUUCAUCGACACCGCCCGCCUGCUGGUCGACAACGAGCUGACGACGAUGGCGGGCGAGUCGUACAGUCGCGCCUACCCCGCCAUGCUCAGCGUCCAGCUGAUGUCGGAGCUGGAGGAGGUGAUGCAGUACCGGCUGGUGCCGGAGCGCCGCGAGAUGAUCAAGCAGAAGUGGUGGCACCGACUGCAGGGCCUCCAGAGCAGCGUCGACGACUGGAAGAAGGUGCUGCAGGUGCGCUCCCUGGUGCUCUCCCCCAGGGAGGACAUGCGCAGCUGGCUCAAGUUUGCCAAGCUCUGCGACCGACAGCAGCGCUACAACCUCAGCUUCAAGACCAUCGUCAGUCUGAUGGGCGUCAAGCCGAAUAAGCUCUUCCGCGUCGGCGAACCACUGCCGCUCACCUUUCCCGAGGUGACGCUCAAGUUUAUCAACCACCUGUGGAUGGCGGGCCACAUUUUCCGCGCCUACAGAGAGCUGGACCGCUUCCUCGGCGCCCUCGAGAGCCCCAACUACCUGCAGGGGGCGACCUUUGCUUACUACACCUCCUCUGUUUCGCCGGUGACGCCGACCGGCACCGAGGGGCACUACUCAGGGCUGAUGGUUGACCCGCAGCAGCAGCAGCAGCAGUUCGCCUCGGUGGCCACGUCCUUUGCCGUCAGCGGCGACGUCUCUCCCUACUCCAACGCGACGACGGCCAUUGGCGGAGGCGGCGGGGGCAGCCGCGUCUCGCCCGCCACCUCACUGAACUUUGCGACGAAUGCCGCCGUGGCGGCGGCCACCGCCGCUUCCACCACAAAGGUGCCCGUCGUCGUGCAGAAGUUGCUCUCUCGGGCGUACCUGAAGAUGGCCAAGGAGCAGGAGUUUCUGGUGGGCUUCAGCUCUCGCUCCAUCCCGACCAUUCUGGAGAACCUGCAGAAGGCGACUGAGCGCGACAAGCACUACUACAAGGCCUGGCACGCCUGGGCCUUCUACAACUUUCGUGCGCUGAAGUACUGCAAGGACCGGAAGCCGGAGCUGCGCACCAACCUGGAGCUGCCGGCGGUGCGCGGCUUCUUCCGCUCGGUGACGCUGUCGCCGCAGCAGCAGUCGAUGCAGGACACGCUGCGCAUUCUGACGCUCUGGUUUGACGACGGCUACAAUGCCGACGUGCGAGCGGCACUGGAGGAGGGCAUCAAGAAUGUCUCCAUUGAGACGUGGCUGCAGGUAAUCCCCCAGCUGAUUGCCCGCAUCGACGCUCCGCACCAGUCAGUGGCGAAGCUCAUUCACACGCUGCUCACCGACAUUGGCAAGUACCACCCGCAGGCGCUGAUCUACCCGCUGACGGUGGCCAACAAGAGCGCGGUUAGCUCGCGCUCCACCGCCGCCAACAGCAUCCUCCACCUGAUGAAGGUCCACUCGCCGAAUCUGGUGAAGCAGGCCAUACUGGUCAGCGAGGAACUGAUUCGCAUUGCCAUUCUCUGGCACGAGCUGUGGCACGAGGGCCUGGAGGAGGCGUCGCGGCUCUACUUUGGCGACAAGAACAUCGAUGGCAUGUUUGAGACGCUGGAGCCGCUGCACAAGCUGCUGGAGAGUACGCCGCUGACGCUGAAGGAGCACACCUUCUGCCAGAACUAUGGCGCCGAUCUGAGCAAGGCGCACAGCUACUGCCGAAAGUACAAACUGGACCCUAAGAAGGACCCGCGUAAUCUGAAUCAAGCCUGGGACAUCUACUACCACGUCUUUAGACGCAUCAGUCGACAGCUUCCGCAGCUUACCUCACUUGAGCUGCAGUUUGUCUCGCCGAAGCUCACCGAGUGCACUGACCUCGAGUUGGCCGUUCCCGGGUCGUACAAUCCGCGCCAGGAGCUGAUCUGCAUCGCCAAGGUGGAGCCACAGCUGAACAUUAUCACCAGCAAACAACGGCCGAGGAAGCUGACGAUAAAGGGCUCCAAUGGACGCAAUUACAUGUUCCUCCUCAAGGGACACGAGGACCUGCGACAGGACGAGCGAGUGAUGCAGCUCUUUGGACUGGUCAAUACGCUGCUCAAUAAGGAGCACAACACCUCGAAGCAGAACUUGGCCAUCCAGCGGUACGCGGUCAUUCCGCUGUCGCCCAACUCUGGUCUGAUUGGCUGGGUGCCGCACUGUGAUACACUGCACUCGCUCAUUCGAGACUACCGCGAGAAGCGGAAGAUUCUGCUGAACAUGGAGCACCGGCUGAUGCUGCGCGUCGGUCCCGACUACGACCGCCUCAACCUCAUGCAGAAGGUGGAGGUCUUUGAGCACGCACUGGAGUGCACGCCCGGCGACGACCUGGCGAAGAUUCUCUGGCUGAAGAGUCCCAACUCGGAGGUGUGGUUCGACCGGCGGACAAACUACACGCGCAGUCUGGCGGUCAUGUCCAUGGUGGGCUACAUUCUAGGGCUGGGCGAUCGCCACCCCUCCAAUCUGAUGCUCGAUCGAAUGUCCGGAAAGAUACUGCACAUUGACUUUGGCGACUGCUUUGAGGUGGCCAUGAACCGGGAGAAGUACCCGGAGAAGAUUCCCUUUAGAUUAACGCGAAUGCUAAUCAACGCGAUGGAGAUUACCGGCUUGGACGGCACCUUUACCACCACCUGUCGAAAUGUGAUGAAUGUGAUGCGCAAGCACAAGGAAUCGCUGAUGGCCCUGCUGGAGGCCUUCCUCUACGACCCACUGCUCAACUGGCGUCUCAUUGAAGUGGAGCUUCAGAGGCUGCCGCUGCCCAACAGCAACAGCAGCAACACCAGCAGCAGAU